AGCAUGACCAACCACUAUCCAUCUUAUUACAGAUCCAAUGUUUCUCGCUGAUUUUGGAACUGUCUCCGGUCAAUUCAUCUAAAGUGGAAUCGCUGGCAGCGACGAACGUGUCAGCGAUAUGAGCUCGUCAUCUACCACCACAUCAGCCGAACAUUCUGCGUCGCCAUCGCCAUCGCCGUCGCCAUCACCACCGCAGUCGCCCAUCAUAGACCAGGCGCCAGGCUUGCAGGAUCUGAUAACGCAUUUUGUGAACGCGAAGAGAUCUCUCACCGCCACCAGCCAUGUCUAUCGUGCUAAUGAGCUCGUCACGAAUUCCAGGUCGCUCAUAGAGGAAAUAGCCAUCCUCAAUGCCAAGAACAUUUACGUCAGACGACGCGUGGAUGAGCAAGUCGAGACUCUGAGUGCCAUCCGAGAAGCCCUGGUGGAAGAUGGCAGCCAGGUCUCCAAUGAGUUCGAUCAAACCAUCGCGGACCUGGACAAGGCUCACGCGCGACUGGACAAGACCUUGACCCAGCUGCGAAAGACUAUUGUAUCUGAGAGGCAUCCUUUGUCACGACAGCGUACGAAUGACACAAUCACAGACGCUUCCACAACUGUAGAUGAGGAUGAGAACAAGACGCUGUUCGACUUCAUUGAUGAAGACACCCACGACACUUUGUUGUCUGCUCUGCGUGAUCUGAUAGACCACUACAACAAUGCUCGGGGCGAUCUGAACGAUAGUCUGUCCACCUUUGACUUGUCCCUCCAUUCCAUUACCGACAGACUUGCGGAAACCGUGGAUGGUGGGGGCACGUCCACACUCUCGCCGGACAAACCCACCAUCUACGAUAACGGGCCACCGCCUUCCAUUCCCCAGCUGUUUCGCGACAUGGAAGAACACGCCACAGAAAUGGCAGGUCUGCUUGACAACCUAGUCAACCAUUAUGACCUCUGUGUCCGAGCUCUUCGCUACACCGAAGGCGGUGGCGAGGCCGCACGAGCAGCCACAUUAGAUAUGAAGGACGCCACUCCAGGCGCAGAGGAGAGCUUAUACCGCAAGACCGUCGCCGAACCCAUCUCCGACCACGAACGAACCGAAAUGCUUCACGUUCUCGUCAAAGACGCACAUGAAGUGGAUGACGUGAUCGUGGAGAUUCGCGACCGAGCCGCGGAGAUGGAAGAUCAAUAUUCCUUGCUUGCGAAACACGCCGCCAAAGUUCAAAGCCAGAGUCAUACUAGUAAGCAGGUAGUAGAGAGCAUCCGCGAAAUCCGCGCUGCCAUACCAACUCAACUCGAGGCGGCGGGACAUUUCCGUGCCAGAUGGGAGGGAAUCAGAGUGGAGAUUGCAGGCAAGACGAAAGAAUUGGCAGAACUCAGCAUUUUUUACGAACAGUUUCUGUCGGGCUAUGGGAAACUUCUGCGAGAGGUGGAAAGGCGGAAAGUGAGUGAUUUGGCCAUGAGGAAGAUUGCAGACAAGGCUCGCAAAGAGUUGGACCGAUUGAGUGAGACUGAUCGCCUGGCUAGAGAGGAGUUCAUGGAGGAUGUCGGUGUCUAUCUGCCACGAGAUCUGGGAGUCUGGCACGGUUUGGAUGACGAUGGAAUGAGAUGGGAAGUCCGACCGGUGUAUGAUGAGCAUGUUGGAGAAGAGGAUGCGGGAGCAAGUCAGCCGAGACUGAUGGAUGGGUCGUGAGUAUGUACAGGUAGUUCUCUGCACCUAUGGCAUCCCCGGCGACAGUGCAGGCGGAUGCAUACCGUUUUACUUCCCACCCGUGCCCGCAUGUUGCGCUUCCUGUCAUGUCUGCUACCAGCUUGCUCUAAUGUCGUAGCUUGGGUAUUGUCCUUUCCAGUCGCAUCCUUGCACUACGCCUCAAACGCCAUACCCGCUGCUCUCCACUGGCGCAGUGAGCCAGGGUUCACAAAGCCCAGGGAACUCAAUCCUCAAGAUCAGCUCGAUCACGCCCGCUGUCCACAAUUCGUGGCACCGUUUCCAGCACGACUGCUCCACUCAAGCACUGUGCGGCUGCCAUGCUUUCUGUGGCGUGUAUCUCAGUCGUAGCUUGACUUCCACGCAGUCCAGCCAAUCCAUAUUGUCACGCCCUUUUCUUUUUUCUUUUAAACUCCACCGCCUCAUCUCCCCUGAUCAUACUCGUCUCCAUACUGCUUAUCCCCAAUCUGUUGUUUUCCAAAGCCACCCCUUCCAGGAUCAUAUUCCUCACGAUACUCAUCUCUCACUUGACCCCCACUUCUCCCUCGCCCAUACUGUCUGCCCUCGGAAAAUCCCUCGUCCAGGUCCGUUCGAAUAAUUCUCUCGUCUAAUUUCGUCCCUCCCACAUACUUGAGACAAUCCAGCGCGUCUUCGUGCGUGUAGUAUUCUACGAAACAGAAUCCACACGGUGUCUUUGCGAAGCGAUCGAGACCCAUGACUAGACGUUUGAUCUCUCCGCAGGUGCUGAAGAGGGAGUGGAUUUGUUCUUCGGUGGUGUAGAAGGAGAGAUUGCCGACGUAGAGGGUGGUCGCGUUUUGGAGCUUUUCUUCGAGGUCGGGAGACGCUGCGCGAGCGGAGCCAUCGGUGGGUUCAUCGGCCGGGUUGCGCUUACGUUUCUUGUACUUGCUCAUGGCAUAGGAAGACGGCUUGUCGAGACGCUCGACCGUACUGCGCAUUUGAAACUGCGACACCAUCUUGCCAGAGGAGAUUUUG